CCACCAGUGACUCCACCACCAGUGACCCCACCACCCGUGACUCCGCCACCAGUGACUCCACCACCCGUGACUCCACCACCAGUGACUCCACCACCAGUGACUCCACCACCCGUGACUCCACCACCAGUGACUCCACCACCUGUGACUCCACCACCAGUGACUCCACCACCAACAAACGGAUGUCCAACUGGGUACACCAAAAUUUCUGAGCAAUGUUUAACGUGCGGUGCAUUUGCUGGCUGUGUCAAAGUGUAUGAUAUUGAUCUGUACAAAAGGGAUUGGGCAGGCGCUGAGGCUCUUUGUAAUGGAGAUAAUGCAAACUUAUUCCGCUGGACUAGCAUGGGGUGCUACAAUGACCUCAAUGCACAUUUAAGAACUAAGGGCUAUGGCGAUUCUAUGCUGUUUUGGUCAUGCGCAAAAACACCUCUCCCAUACUCAUUUGUUUGCAGUAAUAACCUUUGCACUGAAAACUUUGAUCAGCCUCCACCACAGGGAAAUCCUAACAGCGACAGAUGUGUUCUUCUACACCACAAGAGUAACCAGGAAACCGUACCUUUGCCACAACCAUGUCAUGCGCAAAAUUACGUAAUAUGUCAAAGAGGUUAUCAAUAGAGGCUGCAUGAGCUGCAAAUGAAAUUGGAUCUAGAAGACGUUGGUGAAAAUGUAAAAUUAUAUCUGAAAAGAGAAAUAUUCUAGCUGGUGACAGGAUCAAGACAGAAAUAAUGUCGAUGUAAUCCCCGUGACUAUUAUUUGUUACAAAAAAUAAAUUGCAUGCAAAAGAAA